GCACAUAUAUUAUAUUCUUCUUUUUUAGCAGAAAAAAAAAGUAACCAUGUCGACAUGUUUUUGGAGGGCCAUUUCUCUAGUGCUGCUAAUGCUUGUUAACGGUUUUGUUUCUGGAAUUAAUGGUGCUGUGGUAGAUUGUGCUGCAGUGGAAUGCAAGGUGUCCUACAUUAAGAUAACCCAAGGCAAAAAUGAUGGAAGCAACGAUAUCAAUGGUGCCAUUGUCAACACUUGCCCCAGUUUGAUAACUGACCUACGUGUCGAUUGUGGAUCAUUCAUCCAAUCAUUUAAAGGCAUUCCACUCCCGCCCAACAUUUUAAAGGUUGUUGCUGGCAAUGAAUGUGUUGUCAACAAUGGCAAUCCAAUUGGGUCCGGUGACAUCAACUUUAAUUAUUCUAAUACGGAAAUCCUUCCACUCACAGUUACUUCCUUCAAGUGCUUGAGUCCAUGAACAUAAGGCCUAGAUUAAAUUAAGAGGCCUUUAGUUUUUAUCAUUUUUUUCUUAGUAAUUAUCUUUAGAUACGGUACAAUAAGGUUGGGAUAUGAUUAGCGAAAAUAUCAUGUUCUUGUGAUAAUCGCCAAUGUCAGAAAUAAUCAAUUAUAUGAGGGGUUUAAUUAACAAGUGUCGUUUAUGAUUAUGAGAAAUAUUAUUUAGCCAAUGAUUAUUCAGCUAUCAAUCAUUUAUCAUGAUUUUCUUGUGCCUUCAAUUGUAUUAAUCUCGCUCGUAUAUUCAUUUUUCAUUGUUUUUGUCUAACCAACCUCCAAAUCCCACUGCUUUGUUUGGAUUUUGAUUCUAAUUUUGAUUAGAGUUAUCGAUUCAG